AUGGCCUUCUUCUGGAGCUUUUCUUCUGUUCCAUUGCUUGGCCUCCUGUCUCUCUUCCUCACCACCCUUCCGCCGCCCUCGGCCGCAGCCCUCACCACCACCAGCCUCCGCUUUCUAAAGCCAUCCACCACCGCAAUCGAUGUUCCCGUCUUCCGCGAGGCGACGGCUUUUCGAAAUGGUGAGACAUGUGGAUCCCCCUCCAUAGACCACAUUCAUGUUGCAAUGACACUUGAUGCAAGUUAUUUAAGAGGCACAAUGGCUGCUGUUUUGUCAAUCUUGCAACAUUCUACUUGCCCUGAAAAUGUCGUGUUCCACUUUCUUUAUGUGAGAAAUGAACCAGAAGUUUUUUCAAGCAUCAAAUCCACUUUCCCUUAUCUCAAUUUCAACGUGUAUCGAUUUGAUUCGAGAAGGGUGCUCGGUUUAAUAUCGAAGUCGAUUCGCCAAGCUUUAGAUCAACCUUUGAACUAUGCAAGAAUUUAUCUAGCAGACAUAUUGCCGGUCCGUAUUAAGCGCUUGAUUUAUCUUGAUUCGGAUCUUGUUAUGGUGGAUGAUAUUGUGAAACUAUGGGGUGUUGAUUUGAAUGACAAAGUAUUGGCUGCGCCGGAGUAUUGUCAUGCAAAUUUCACUAAUUAUUUCACCGAUGCCUUUUGGUCCGACCCCGUCUUGUCAAGAACGUUUGAAGGGCGAAAACCAUGCUAUUUCAAUACCGGAGUAAUGAUCGUGGAUAUGAAUAAGUGGAGACGGGGGAAAUAUACGCGAAAAGUUGAGUAUUGGAUGGUUGUGCAGAAGAACAAAAGGAUAUAUCAGUUAGGUUCAUUGCCACCAUUUUUGCUUGUUCUUGCUGGUAAUAUAGAGCCAGUUCAUCAUAGAUGGAAUCAGCAUGGAUUGGGAGGAGACAACAUUGAAGGGAAAUGUAGAAGUUUGCAUCCCGGUCCAAUAAGCCUACUCCAUUGGAGUGGCAAGGGGAAGCCAUGGUUGAGGCUUGACUCGAGAAAACCUUGCAAUGUUGAUCAUUUGUGGGCUCCUUAUGAUCUUUAUAGUCAGUCUAAACAUUCCUUUGAAGAAUGA